AUGUCUGGGCUUGCGCUAUCACCAUCACCUGAAGAAAUUCACAACACCUCUCCUCCAUCCAGACCUCCUCGCCCACGGUCUCCUCUGUCUGCUGGUCAACAUUCCACUGAACAGUCUCCUGCCACAGACGUCUUCGGUGAUGCCUUUUCUCUCGAGCCAUUGGAUUCCUUUGGUAACCCAGAUCUGCUCCUAAACCGCCACGAACAGCCCGAUCACUCUUCCUCCAGCUCGUCGUCAACUCUGGAGGAUGAGCAUGGUGGGUUGUCCUUGUACCAAAGUCCCUUUCGAGACUCUGUUGCCUCCCUCCAAGUGCAAAUGUCGCAAAGGUCAGAUUCUCCAGAGCCGGAAUCGGAUCCUCCUCAACCUGAACAACCUUCACUAAAUCGUAUGUCUAAUGCCUCCAAUGUCUCCAACAAUGCCAUCACCUCAUCUGUUACCCGUCAACUGUCUUCUGCCUCGUCUACAUCCCACCCUCCUUCAUCCGUCGCACAUCGAAGCAUCAGUAUAUCCUCACGGUUCUCUAUGCCUAGAGCCCUAAGUCCAUAUACCGGCCAGACAAGGCCCACCCAUCCAUAUGCCAUGUAUCCCCAAGCCACUGGGCUGGGUCGUUCUACGUCUAACUCUUCCACGUCUACAGUACGUCCCGUAGAACGGACUAACGUCGACUCAGUGCCACCGCAACAUCCGUAUAGCCUGUAUCCUCAAAAUACUGUUCCGGAGGAGGAAGAUGUAGAGGCACACUCAAUCCCUGUGGGAUUCCCUGGUCAUGGCCAGGCGUUUCAACCACAAAAUCAAACCGCAGAUGAAGUUGGGGACAUUGUUAGUCCAGAUGGACAUGCUGAGCAAUUACCCCCUUACACAAGAUAUCCAGAUGGUCUACCCCAAAAAUUUGGAGCACAUGAAUAUAGCAGUACGUCUCCCGAGGAGGUCCUAGUUACCAUGCCUGUCCCCACAGAGUCGGGAGUAUCCUCGCGAACCCUGCUGGAUGAAAAUGGGCCUGAACAGGAAGGUGCCGCCUCAUCGCAACCGCAAGCAGAUGACCCAAGCGGUACUAUCAAGGAAACGUUGAUGGAGAAAGGGAAAAGGAGGGUAUGCUGCAACGUUCAAAUAUGGACUAUCGUCCUCAUGGCCAUUGUGGUUUUGAUUGGAGCUGUGAUUGGUGGAAUAGUUGGAGGAGUAGUUGGAAACAAGCGGGGAGAGAGAGCCGGCGGAGCAAGUGUUAGUUCAGCCUUGGGAACUACUCGCCCUACUUCUGUUUUUGUGACAGUGACGGCUACCACCAUAUUGGAUGCGGCACAUCUGACAGCUACACCUUCACUUCUCCCCAUUCCUACAGGCAAAUUCAAUAUACCUGCCUCUUCCCUAUAUCGUUCAUCCAGUAGCUGUGUGACUGACGCAGACCUUGCAACUUCAUGGCAAUGCAUGGCUCAAGGUUCAUUUCCUUGUUUGCUGACUGAAGAAUCAGAUGGAUCAAAAAACCUUCAGCUUGAAUCUUACAGGCGAAGCGGUAGUUUCGUAUAUGGUGCCCAAGCUCCAUCGCUGGUAGAUACAGUUUUCGACCUCAAAUUGAUGCUUGACAAAACAGAACCAGAACUCGGACCAGCGUUGUUUUUUUUUACACCAUUUGAUAAACUUGUGAUCAUUCCCGAGUCUAACUUCCCUCAAGUUCCAUCUGGACAAGCUGUUAAUGGACCCCAGCUCCUCCGCCGUGCUCAAGAGACAGUGCCAUUAAUGUCGAAGCCUAGCGACAGGCCCUACUUUUGUUGGUGGAAUAGCACAUACCUAGAGCUUUUCAUAUAUGUUAACCAACCAAUCAAACACUCUAUGACAAUGGGAAGCUCAACAGACCCGAAUUAUUCUGCUUUCAGCCAUACCGCUACAACGUUGGCUACCGCAACUCCAGCACCCAGCAAAGGACACCGCAGCCUGCAUCAACGGUCUUCACAUCUAGAGCCACGCGGGGAUCCACCCAUGGAGUACCCUCGCCGGAUCAAACUGGAGGAAAAAAGAUCAUCCGUCGAUGGCAUACCGCCAUACUGCGAGCAAAUGCAGGUGAUGGAUGAUGGAAGCAUAUCGGGCCCUCUCGGAUCGCGGGUCCCCGUCGAUGAAACCGAAACUACACUGUCCAGCAAGGCCAAGUUCGAUGUCCUGAGUAGAAAACAAAGUCUUCUUGAAGAAAUUCGUAAAGACUAUGACGAGAACAAGGUUUGCGUCUGUCAGUGGAGCCAUCGUUGA